AUGGCUCAACGGACGCCGAAAACCAAGCCCAACAGCAGCAGUCCAUACACUCUGGGACCACCCGGUAAACCCAAGACGUCGCAUUAUCGAAGCUCCAGCUUCAAAGCGCACCAAGGCUCCAAAAACGCCGUUUCCGGGCUGACUGUGUCGUCCGAGCUGCAAACACCAGCUGCCACGAGCUCUGCACCAGAAAUGUCAUCUCCAUCAGAGUCCAACAGCUUGGAAUCGCCCAAAUCACCCCUUGAAGCGUACCGUCAGCACCAAAACCAUCAUCAUCACCACCAACGCCAGCUGCCACAGCAACAAGCGUUUACGCUAAACCAUCAACGGGCCAUUCUCGAGCACCGACUCAUCACCAAAAACUCGGUCCCCCAGAAAAACUACUCGCACGUUCCAUGCCGUUUUUUCCGUCAAGGCACUUGCCAGGCUGGCGAUUCGUGUCCCUUUUCACACUCGUUGAACUCGGUCGCGGCGGAUGCCACCCCGUGCAAGUACUUCGAGCGUGGCCAUUGCAGGUUUGGUAACAAAUGCGCCAAUGCUCAUAUACUGCCUGACGGGACUCGAGUGCAUCCUUCAAAGCAGUUCAACUCCGGUAACAGAAGUAACGAUGCGGGGCCCCCACCGAUUUCAAUAUCGCUGCGCGACACAGAGCUCUCACAAUUUCCUCAGCAGAAGAUGACAGCUGCACUUGCAAGCCCAUCGCAGAGACUGCCCCCAGUGGCUACUCAUGGUACGUUUAUCUCCCUCCCCACACUGCACCAACAGACGGCAUAUGAAUCUGCCAUUGACGAAGAAGACGAUUGCGAGGAUUUCGAUGGGGAGGACUUUAUUCCUGGCGAGCUGUCAGACUUGCUCACGCCAAAGGAGCUGGAAAGACGUAAUUCCAGAUCUUCCUUGACCCGUAAACUCAGCUGGACUGACCACGCCUCAGCCAUAACGCUGAGUUCAGAGCAAUUGAAUGGCUACGAAGCAGCGUCUCUUUCGUCGACAAGAAACUCAUUUUCGGGUAUAUCGUCUGCAAACUCUACAGAUUUCUCACCCCCAAGCACCUCGAUGGCUUUUGGUCUUAUGAUCCAGUCUUUUGACUAUACCUAUCAGCAGGAUAAGCAUCAUGCAAUGUCCAUGUGGGGUGCCUACGAUACUCAGUCCCAGAUUCCAUAUGCGAACAUCAAUCAACUCAGUCUACAAAUGUCAAGGAUAAAUGUCCAUGGAAAAGAGGAGGAUCAUAGAGUCGCGGAGGAUCUGUCGUUGAAGAAUGGACGGGGUUUACAUCCAUUCUAUCUUGGCGACUUGCACCAACAGGUUUGA